AUGGCUACCUGGAGGAAGAGAUUUUUGUCGAACAACCAGAAGGUUUUGCUAUCAAAGGAAAAAAAAAAAGUAUACCUUCUUAAGAAGGCCUUGUAUGUGUUAAGACAAGCCCCUAGAGCCUGGUACAGCAGGAUUGACACUCACCUGCUAACUUUAGGCUUUCACAAGAGCUUGAGUGAAUUUACACUCUACAUUAAGAAGAUUGAAGAAGAUAUAUUAAUUGUUUCUCUAUAUGUUGAUGAUUUGCUUGUAACAGGAAGUAAUGCAGGGUUUGUGAACAAAUUCAAGGCUAAAAUGGAGCAGGUCUUUGAGAUGACAGACCUAGGUGAGAUGUCUUACUUCUUGGGAAUGGAAGUACACCAGAAGCAGAAUGAGAUUUUCAUCUGCCAACAAAAAUAUGCCAAAGAAAUUCUGAAGAAAUUCAAAAUGGAGGAAUGCAAACCUACAUCUACCCCUAUGAACCAGAAAGAGAAGUUCUGUAAGGAGGACGGUGCUGAAAAGGUAGAUGAAGGACUUUAUCGAAGCAUGAUUAGAUGCUUAAUGUACUUGACUGCAACAAGACCCGAUAUAAUGCAUAUUGUAAGUCUACUUUCAAGAUACAUGCAUUAUGCUAGUGAAAUUCAUUUCCAGGCAGCAAAGCGUGUGAUAAGAUAUGUUAAAGGCACUGUGGAUUAUGGCAUUAAGUUCAGUCAAGUUCAAAGUUUCAAUUUUCAUGGAUUUUCUGAUAGUGAUUGGGCUGGUUGUGUUGACGAUAUGAGAAGUACUUUAGGCUAUUGUUUUAGCUUUGGUUCUGGUGUUUUUUCAUGGAGUUCAAGGAAGCAAGAAGUCAUGGCUCAAUCCACAGCUGAGGCAGAGUAUAUUGCUGCUGUUGCAGAUGUAAAUCAAGCCUUAUGGCUUAGAAAGUUGCUGAUAGAUUUGGAUAUGAAGCAAGAAGUGAGUACAAAGGUGUUUGUAGACAACCAAGCCACUAUAUCUAUUGCAAAUGAUCCAGUUUUUCAUGGACGUGAGAAGCUAUGCGAGAAGGUUCUGGUCUACUUCUUCGUGUUGGGCUUUGCUUUCCAUUUCAAUGUUUUUGCUAUUGGAGCAGAUAUUCAAAUACUCAUGAGGGCAGUUCUCAAUUGCAACAAUUUAUAG